UUUUUUUUUUCACGUUAUCAGUUUGUUGGCGGCUUGGGUCUCUCAUGGCAGCUAUCUUUCGGCAUAUUGGUGCUUCUCUACUUCUAUUCCCACUACUUCUUCGCCAGCGGCGCCGCGCACAUCGGUGCAAUGUUCACCGCUUUCUUGUCAGUAGCGAGCGCGCUCGGAACUCCUCCUCUCUUUGGGGCUAUGGUGCUCUCCUUCUUCUCGAAUCUCAUGGGCGGUCUCACCCAUUACGGCAUCGGUUCGGCACCGGUGUUCUAUGGUGCAAACUAUGUCCCUCUCUCCAAAUGGUGGGGCUAUGGAUUCCUCAUCUCUGUGGUCAAUAUCAUUAUAUGGCUUGGAAUUGGUGGAGUUUGGUGGAAGACCAUCGGUUUAUGGUGAGUUUGUCUAAUUCAAAUUUCCAUUUUGAU